AUGACUACCAUUCGUAGGGGUUGGCCAGAAGGAAAAGAUCGGCUGAAUCCAGUGCUGGCAUCAUAUCACCCAUUUCGAGAUGAUUUAGUGAUAGAGGGUGGAGUUAUCUAUCGUAGAGAUAGAUGUGUAAUUCCUCCUUCUAUGCUAGCUUUCACACUAGCGCGUAUACACAUGUCACACAUGGAAAUUGGAGGGUGUGUCCGGAGAGCCAAAGAUUGUGUGUUCUGGCCGAACAUAAACUCCGCCAUCAAGGAUUACGUCAGCAAAUGUGACAUCUGUAGACGGUAUGACCGGGCACAACCAAAGGAAACUCUGAAGUCACAUGAUAUACCAGAUGGGCCACGGAAACAGUUGGAACCAAUGGUCGAGACAACAUCGAAGGCAAUCAUUGGCAAGCUGAGACAGCAAUUUGCAAGGCAAGGGAUACCCCUUUCUUUGCUAACAGGCAAUGGUUCUCAGUUUGUGAGCAAGGAGGCGUGUCAAUUCAGUAACAAAUGGGAAUUGGAACAUAGGACCUCAAGUCCCUAUUACCCACAGAGAAAUGGUAAAGCGGAGAGUGCUGUAAAAGUGGUAAAGCACCUAAUUGUAACAGGAGUAGACUACAUUGCGCAUGCGUAG